AUGACUGGAGCGCACAGGGGCUUUGUGGCGUUGCUGCAGAAAUCACUCGAGAAGCUGCUGACUUUUCACUGCAUCCUGCACCAAGAGGCAUUGUGCGCGAAAACUUUCCCUCCAAAAUGCACAGAGGUCAUGAAUGUUGUCAUUCAAAUUGUCAAUAAAAUAAUGGCAAAUGGUUUAAAUCACCGCCAAUUCCGUGCAUUAUUGGAUGAUGGGAGAGACCACUACUCUGAUCUGCUGCUGCACAACAGAGUCCGGGGCUGGUGGCUGUCCAGAGGAGAGGUGCUGAAACGUUUUGCUGCAUGUCUGGAAGAGAUGAAAACUUUCAUGAGAAGCAAAGGACUCUCCUUUCCUGAGCUGGAACAGCCAGAGUGGCUGGAAAAGCUGCACUUCAUGGUGGACAUGACAGCACACCUGAACACGCUGAACACGACUCUUCAGGGGAGAGGAGCCACAGCGCUAAACAUGCUGGAGGAGGUGUUGGUGUUUGAGCGCAAACUGACAGUUUUAGCCAGAGAUUUGCAGAGAGGCACACUGUCUCACUUCCCCUCUUUAAGGGAGUUCAAACAAGAUCACAAGCUGAUCAAUUCAGAGUAUUUGCAGUCUGCAAUCACCACAAUGCAAGCGUCAUUUGAAAAACGAUUCCAUGAGUUCAGAGAGGAAAAAACAACAUUGUCCUUCCCCGUCACUCCCCUAAACAUCGAUCCAUCCCUGCUAAAUGUGACUGCAUUUGCAGGUGUAAGUCAACCUGAUCUGGAGCUGGAGUUGGCUGACAUAGCUGACAAAGACAUGUGGGUAUCCAAAUUCAAACGCUUGACAUAUGAUCUUAAAGAUGUUGCCCGUCAGAAGGCCACUCUUGCUCAGAAUCACAAAUGGAGUGAUAUUGAGAACCUUCCAAGACCGGACAAACUCGUGUUUGAAACCUGGAAUGCCAUCCCCGACACCUACAUGAACAUGAAGAAAUAUGCCUUUGGAGUCCUGUCGAUCUUCGGAUCCACAUAUGCAUGUGAGCAGCUAUUCUCCACCAUGAACUACAUUAAAAACAAACACCGUUCACGCCUCGCAGAUGACAGCUUACAGUCAUGCGUAAAGAUGAAAGUGACUUCGUACAGCCCCGAUUUGCAGACGCUGAGCGCAGAGGUACAGGAGCAGAAGUCCCAUUAACCAGGUCAAGGUGCCGCUACAUACCCUGAAUGUGG